GACCUUCUUAGUGGAAAUUCCAGAUUUUAAGAAAUUUUAAGACCUUAAAAAUCGAAAAUUUUAUUUAAGACGUUUUAAGACUUUUUAAGGACCCGCGGGGACCCUGCUUCAUAAUUUCUAUCUCCAAACAGAUAUAGUAACAGGUAAUGUGUGCGUUGGAGUUUGUAAUGAACUGCCUGUGGAAGGAGUCGAUUUUAUUUUAGAAAACGACUUAGCCGGUGGUACAGUUUUUCCUUCACCAAUUGUCAUUAAUCCUCCCAUAGCAAAUGAGAAAAAUGAUUUGUCUUCUCAGUUUCCAGCUGUGUUUUCUUCCUGUGUAGUAACAAGAGCUCAGGCCCGUAAAUUUGAAGAUGUGGUGGACAUGUCUGAUUCUUGUCUACAAUCUACAGGUGAUACGAUGAUAGGGAAGUUAUAUCUGGAGUCCGCUUCUUCGACAAAUGAUACAACUUCCAUACAGAUCGGUCAAUCGCAAUUGGCAACUGCACUGAAAACUGACCCUUCGUUAGCCUCAUGUGUUGCGGCUGUGUCCGAUAAGACCAAAGUUCCUAGUGAAAAGGUAACUUAUUUUUUUGAAAAUGAUGUUUUGAUGAGAAAGUGGGAAAAUGGUGAUAGUAUUCGUCAGGUUGUUGUUCGUACAAGUUACCGUUCGCAAAUACUGAGUCUUGCUCAUGACCAUGUCUUCUCUGGGCAUUUGGGUAUUAGAAAAACGUAUGAUUGGAUUUUGCGAUGUUUCUUCUGGCCUGGGUUAAAAUCUGAUGUGGUAUCUCACUGUCGAUCGUACCAUGGGUGUCAGUUAGCUGGAAAGCCAAAUCAAAUUGUACCUCCCGCUCCUCUACAUCCGAUCCCAGUGAUAGGCGAACCAUUUGAGCGCAGAAAAAAAAGUUGUUUGUCAUGUAAACAUGAUCAAAGCUUAUGUGAAUCGCGAAACUACUAAAAGUUCUGUUGUUACUCCUUUAAUGACAGUUACUUCCCUGCCCCUUACUGAUGACUCUGAGGAUGACGGGUUGGUUGCCACGGAAUCGAUGGCCAUUACUGCCAAAUCGUCCAACUCUGAAUUAUUGAAAAAUAUAGAGGGUCAUUUGUCUUAUCUCCAACACACUCAGCGUGUAGAGAUUAUUUAGUUGAUUCAUGAAUUCUCUUCUCUCUUUUCGGACAGUCCUACCCAGACUAACGUUCUGUUUCAUGAUAUUGAAAUUUUAAAAUCUUCACCAAUUAAGCAACAUCCAUAUUGUGCAAAUCCCAGGAAGAGAGAAGAGAUCAGAAAUGAGGUAGAUUAUCUGUUAAAACACGGACUGGCAGUACCCAGCUCAAGUCCAUGGAGCUCGCCAUGCAUUCUAGUUCCAAAGCCUGAUGGUUCGAAUAGAUUCUGUACUGAUUACAGAAAAGUUAAUAGUGUCACCAAACCAGAGGUGAAAAAAGUACUAAAAUAUUGUACUCAAGUAAAAGUAAAGUUACUUUAAUAAUAUUUUACUUAAGUAAAAGUAAAGUUACUGGUCUAAAAAUCUACUCAAGUAAAAGUAAAAAGUAAAUCAUUUUAACUUUACUCAGAGUAAAAGUUACUUUUUUUUACAGCGGGGAGAGGUGGAGGAUUUUAGUAUAGUUAAAAAACGACAAGGAAAUAUAAAUCUCAAACUAGUUAUUUUUAAUUGUAGGAACAUCUUUACAAUUAAAGUGCAAUAACAAAAAGUUAAUAAAAUAAAAAGCUUUUUUAAACUAAGAAAUGUUUAUGGAAUUAUUUAAUGAUUUUACAUGUGAGCUAUGCACUUUUGAAGGUGGUCAGCAGCUAGUAAAUACAAUCACUAUAGUAAGGUUGUAAUUGAUGUAUUGCUGGUAACAUACAUUAUUUUAUUAAACUAUAUAUCUAGUUUAAAUGAGCAUAUAAUGAGAUGAGUGCCAUGUCAUACUUUUGACACGUUUCUUGUCUUCUAGCUUCCCUUACCUGGGUGCCUGAUGUCAGACCUUUAUUCUCUCUCUCUCUCUCUCUCUCUCUCAUGACCUGCGCAUUCUCGAGGACGUUCUUAAGUUGUGUUUGACUUGACGCGAAGCUGCUAGAUUGCGGAGAAAAAUGCGCAUUGUAUUAAAGACACACUAUGCAGUUAUUUUACCUUAAUAUAACAGCUUCAAAGUCAUUUCGAUGGUAAACGAAGUCAUAGUAUGGCGAAUCAUCCUCCUGUUGAAGCUUGGGGAGGACGCCGCUAGCAAAACCACCAAUGCAAGCUUGAGAGAACCGCCCCUGACAAAUCUCGCGAGAAUCACGACUUGCUUUACGGCAACGACGUCACACACGUUAGGCUUGUUCGACUUCGUGCAGCGCUGCAAGAACCGGCAGUCGGAUGAUGUAAAAGUACCGCAAGAAUGAUCCGAGACGGCACUUUGACGUCAUCCGGCUGUCGGUUCCUGCAUGAAGUCGCACAAGCCUAUAACAACAACUUCACGCGCGUAUUUGAGACGUGAUGCUUGAUGAUGGAAACAGCUAAGAAAACCAGUUCGGAAGAGAGUAGAAAGCGAAAAAGAGAAUCUGACCGAGUAAGGAACCGGACAAGAGUCCCACUCGGCCAGGCUUUUACUCGUUGGCGUGAGCUAAAAGACAGCACUGGAUGCAAAAGGGAUGUUGAUCUGGCGAUCUUGUUGAUGGACAAGUAAGUAAAUCUCUUAUUUGUAAAUUUGUUUGCGGUCUAUGUUGUAUGUGGUUGCGCUUGUUUGUAGUAUGUAUUUUUUUACUAUGCUGUUCAUUCAUCCAGUGUUGAUAAUUAGAACAGUAAAAUAAUUUCAACAUGGGUCUAGCUAGCUUACGAUCAUAAGAGCAUUUAGCAGACUUGCUAACAAACACUCGUUUCUCUUACAUGUUUUUUUUGCCAUCUAAACUCAAGUGUUGUGUUGUGAUGUGUACGUAGUCAUUUGUCUAAUUAUGAUUUCUUAUGGCGUGUGCGUGUGUUUGUGUGUGUGUGUGUGUGUGUGUGUGUGUGUGUGUGUGUGUGUGUGUGUGUGUGUGUGUACUGUGCGUUUACAAACUUUAGCUGACUAAAAGUUUGUUGAUUGAGAAAAUACCGAUAUUGACCUUUUAUUCUAGCUACCAGGAUCGGGUCGUAAUGUCUACACCCAGCAAAGGACACAAAAGACCACCAAAGCCACCCGUGUCAAGUAUAACAGAGGAGUCAGAAUGUGAUCAAGAUGAAAAUUUCCCUGAAACUGGUGUCCAGCCAUUAGUCACAGAGACAGAAGAGGGUGGUGUUUUGGAAACCAGCAUGCGUUCUCUAAGCAUUGCUGAAGAACAUGACUUUACAGAUGAGGGGGAUGCCAAUGACUUGAGGAACAGCUUCAUCGAAAUGGAUGAUUGUUGGGUUGAUCCUUCUCACAAGGACUGGAAGGAUGACUAUAGCUCGGAUGAGGAUUUUGUUCCUUUCCUACAGCUACGAACUGGUCGUGUCAACACAAAUGAUCUUGCUGAAAUAAGCUUAGAUGAAGCUGUGCUUGAUGUAGCAACACCCAAUCCCCCUGAACUGGAAUACAUUUCUGAACAAGAACGAGUUCUCUGUGAGGAUGAUCUGGUGGGGAAAAGUGCCAACAUCACCUACAACAACAACCUCCAUCAGCUUGCCAUGUACUUGAUGCUACCACUACAGAAGUGCAACUACAUAGACAGUAUGUCUGGUGUAGCAUGCCAUGGUGAACCGCCAUUUCGGGUGGCCCUGAAACCUCGGGGGAGUGGAGUCAUUUUGGAAUGGUUAUGCCCCUUUGGACACACUCUGUGGAAAUGGAACUCACAGCCAGUUUUGAAGUUCAGCAUGCAAGGGGGUGACUUCAUGCUGGCUACCAAUAUUCUAUCUAUAACAACUACAGGAAGAUUGCCCUCCUCUUUCAAUUUAUGAAAAUGGCAGUGGUUGCUGAGGGGACUUUCUUCCAAAUUCAAGACGCUUAUUGUAUUGAUCCGGUCCAGGAAUUUUGGGAAAAAAAUAGGGCAAACAUCAUAGACAGGUUGCGUCAGGAAG